AUGGUGAUCGUGAAGUCAAUCAUGAUCGUGAUCGGGAAGUCGAUUAGUUUGAUGUCCGCCCUAAUGGAGACGAGCAUGCUGAAGAAACUGGAAGUCCGCCUACCAGCCUUCAAGCGUGAGCAAGGUGCAGGACCUCUCAAUCCGGCCAUGGCAACUAACACCUUACCAUUCACUAAAGAUAUCCUUGAAUUCAAGAUUCCAAAGGAUUUCAAACAACCCAAGAUGCGACUCUAUGAAAAGACCACCGCCCCAAUGGACUUCUUGAACGACUUCGGUUACUAG